UGGCGCCGCGGCUCGGCCCCAGACGCCUCGGGAGGGCGGCGAGGGCGGACGCGCCGCGCGCAGCAUGGAGACCGACUGUGACCACCUGGAGCUGGGCGGCAUGUCCGGCUUUGAAGAGGGCGCCGAGCUGAACGGUUUCGAAGGGACCGACGUGAAGGACAUGAGGCUCGAGGCCGAGGCGGUAGUGAACGACGUCCUCUUCGCCGUCAACAACAUGUUCGUCUCCAAGACCCUGCGCUGUGCCGACGAGGUGGCCUACAUCAACGUGGAGACCCGGGAGCGGAACAGAUACUGCCUGGAGCUCACGGAGGCCGGGCUGCGGGUGGUAGGUUACGCUUUUGACCACGUGGACGAUCACGUCCAGACUCCCUACCACGAGACCGUUUACUCCCUGCUGGAUACGCUCAGCCCUGCCUACCGGGAAGCAUUUGGAAACGCGCUUCUUCAAAGACUGGAAGCUUUACAAAGGAAUGAACAGUCCUGACCAAGCUCUUCCGUUUAGAGGGGACGGCGGCUGGUACAAAAUAUUGACGUAAGGCUUGAAGUUUUCACCGGUGGCCAGUUUUGCAUCGGUCAUGACGUAAAGUGCAUCUUUAGUUUGUGUUUCGAUCAUUUCUUCAGAUGUCAGCUUUUGACUCCGAAUGUGAUUGACUAAUGAGUUGUCGUUUUAGUUUCUCAUUCAUUAAGGCAUUGCUAGGACGCCAUCCUUUGGACUCUCGAAUUUCUUUAUAUAAUGUCUGUCCAUCUCAAAACCUGACCAGUAUUUCAUUCUAUUACAGGGCUUCAAUGCUGCCAGCACAUUCUCUUAAUUGAGGAAAAUCUAGAUUUGCACAGUAAUUCAGAAGUUGAAAUGACCUAAUUUCACACGUGGAUUCAGUUUGCUAAAUCAGGGGGUUUACUACUAGCUUGAGCUGACUUUGUAGUAAUUACUGUACUACUGGCCUUAUUGGAAACAAAUUAUCAACUAGUUUCCCCUGCACAAAUUUGAAAUUCACUGCUUCUCUUAAUCUAGUUACUAAUAUGGACUGAUACACGUGAAUAAUUACAUAUGACUUAGUAUUAAAUGAAAAGCAGGUACUGAUUCCUUGUUUGCUACAGCCAGCCAACUAAGAAGACAAACCGCUAGCAAAUGAAUGUAAUAAUUUUUCCAAUAUAUUUAAGCACAUGAGCAAAUGUAGGAACAGGCUUCGUUCUUUUUUCUUAACAAAAAAAGCAUCUUCAAUACGUAUGAUUGAAAAUGAAGACGAUUCUGAUUUCCUAGAAAACACUAUUUUGGCCUGUGUUGAUUCUUAUCCUGAAUGUUUGUUUACAUAUGUACAGUAUAUAUUCAGAAGGUAUUUUUGCUUCAACAUUUACUCUCUAGGAUGUAGUACUUUGGUAUUCCCAUAACACCUCUCCUCCCCGACAGAUGUGCAGUGUUCUGUCUCAAUGCUAAGUCUACAAUGUCAUAUGAGUGCAUUGUAUGGGUCUGAAACCAAAGGAUGAAUGAAGCAUUCAGACACUUGAUAUUUGAAAAAGGAAGACUGUGUAUUUUGUAUUUUCUUACAGGUAUUAAAAUUUAUAAACUUAAUAAACUAUACCAUGCUGCUACGUGUUUUCAAGUACAUAUUGAGUAAGGGGGUCUUGGGGGGGUUGCGUUUUUCAUAGUCUUCUAAAGCAGCAGCUGUAGAAACCUUGAGCUAAAUUCCUGCCUCUUCAUAAAGGACACAUUUUCAUA